AUGAAAACCCAAAGGAAUAACGCACUUUCAGCUGAACUACGCUGUAGCACAGAUGCAACAGAUGAGGAACAAGAUGACUUACCUUAUGACGGAGAUGUAAGAAUAACCUGUACAUACAGUAACGACUCAGGUAAUUUGAAUGGCUGUACUUGUACAGAAAUGGUUUCUGGUAUUUUAAAAUCCCGUUCUGAAGAUAAUAAAAACAUAAAAGCAACAGCAAAUUAUGAAACUCAUCCACAGCCUGAGGAGUUACCCAGUCACCAUAGAGGUGCCAUAGGAGCAACAGGAAUUUCAGUUGAAAAGCCUGAAAAUGAAGCUUCCUUUAACAAGGAAUUACCUGUUGGUGGUUUUAGUAAGUCAGAUACCAAAGAACAAACUAACUAUAACAUGUCCGAUGUCCUUCUGCAUCCUUUUUCUAAGGGAGAGUUUCUGAGGACAUGCCAGUUAAUUGAAUGUGAGACCAUACCAGAGACAUCCUUUACAGAAAGUGUGGAUGACACCACGAACGCACCUGAGCCUUCAGAACAUGGGCACGGCCCUUCAGCACCUCAGCAACAGGCAGCUAACUCUGAAGAACACCACGCAGAAAAGCACAAGGAAGUAAACACUGGUGAUAAAAAUCAAAAUUCACUACAUGAAGACAGAUGUGUUUCAAAGAAACCUGUUUCUUCUACUGAAAAGUGUGGGUGCAGGCAAGAGAAUUCACAAUCGAAACACAUCUUUGAGAACGUGAAAGAACAGAGACCCCUGUUUGGGAAAACAGUUUCACCUCACGAGCUCAAACAUGGCCAAGGUCAAGCUCACUAUCGCCUUCCCGACUUCUCAAAAAUUCUUUCAAAAGUUGGAGUACCAAAAAGUGACAGUAUUAACUCAGUUCCUACAGCUGAAAGAACAAAGUCCUUCCCCCUUUUGCUAGGGAAAUCAGUAAUUGGGAACAAUGUUCUAGAAAAUAAGACCUGUUUCAGUUCCACAGAAGUAGAGAAUCAAGAAGAAAUAAGUGUUCCAGAACUGCUGCAAGAGCUAGAGACACUUCCUCAGUCAGACUUCCCAAACACCAGCAUUGCCAUUUGCUCAGGAGGCAUUGGGACAUCCUCUGAAGUCUUUACGUUACGUGCUACUACCCCUAUACAAUCUACACUUGGUUUGUCUACAGCAAGAUUACGGUGUGGAGCAACAGUACCAGCGUUACCAGCAGCUGGUACAGUGGAAGCACACUGUCUAAAUCCUAAUUUACUGCCACAACUAACACUAGGAGAAAAUAUGUCUCAAGUACUAAAGGAUCAGACGGAUCAACUGACAAAGAAAGCAUUAAAUCAAUUGAAAAGAUACCUUGAUGCCUUGGAAAGAAGCUACUUAACCGCUAGAGAAGAGCACCGUAAUUUACAGCUGCAGAACUGCAAGUCUAUCGACAUUGGAGAGUUUGAUCCUGAAAGAAAGGUGGAAGGGGAAAUAUUUAGACUUGGCAUGCUGCUUGAAGACAUCAAAGAACAAACUGAUGAGAGCAAACACAACUUCUCUUCUUUGCUUACUUCCUAUGAAUCUGCCCAUUCAGCAUAUUCCCUUUGUGAGAGCUCAGUAGUGUCAAGCAUUGCUGAUCCUCCAGAAAGAAGGGGUCUUCAAACUGCAAUUCUUCACCAGAACAAAGACAAAGAGAAAAGUCAGACAGCUGAUGUAAUCCCACAGGCAAAUCCAUUUUCUUUAGAAGGUGACAAGCGCAAGCUUUGUCCUCCCAGAAAUACAGACAUCCAGGACAGGAAAACUGGAACAUGCUCACUCUUCAUUCAGAGAAAACCCAGUGAUUUAUCAGAUACCGACCUGAGCAGUGAUUCAGAAGACAGCUCAGCCUGUGAUUCUUAUAAUGAUUCACAAUGUGAGGAACUUGAGACAGAAAGUUACAAAACAUUAAAUACAAGAUUAUGUGGAGACAGAAAAGGACUUAGCUACAGAUGCCCUAGAGGAAGCAGAGAUCAAUUUAAACUGAGGAAUUACCCAGACUCUGUUCAGCCUUGUGCCCUGUGCAGAAAUAAAACUUCUGGUUCAUCCUCUUAUUCACAGAAGAGAAUAUCCACUCAAAAAACUAAACAGCCACGUGAACUUGUGAACAGAACUUCUGAGAGGCAAAACUUUGAAGCUGCCCAAGCCUGCUAUUCAAGCACACGUGAUAAAAUUAUCCCGUCGCAUCAAUACUUACCCAGCAAGAAGUCUGCCCAAAGCAAACCUGCAAAGCACAUCAGAAACAGAAAUGCCAAUGAUCCCGAUGCAAAUAUUUUAAAUUCUACUCUGGAUCAUGCCAUACAGACAGCAAACAGUUUGAAGCAAGCUACAGAACGAAUGGUACGAGUGGUUUCAGAAGAUCUAGCUAAAGUUAAAAGAAAACAGCUUUAA